UCAUCCGUUCUGAUCUCUGGAUGCUAACGCUGCUACUGACGCUCUGCUACAUCUAGCCUAGACACGGUUUUGCUUUGUGAUUCAUAUCAGCGUGAAAUUGAAGAUGUAUCUGUCCAUCGUCUCUGCACUGCUGCUGUUCGGUUUUCCAUUCAUCAAGACUGAUGUUGUAGAUUCAUUCAGUAAAUGCAGUCAGUUUUUUCUAGAAGGAAAGCCUCCCGUGAUUCCUGACAUUCUGAAGGAUUCAGCAGCACAGAAUAGCAACCGCUACAAGCUGAUCUGCCAACAAUACCAGAACGCGGUCAGAUUCGCAACUCUCUACGACACCACCAAUAAAAUCCCCACCUUCUCAGCCUACAAAUACACUGGAAAAGGAAAUUUCACGAAGCCACACUCUCGAUUUAGGAUUGAAACUGAGCUUAAAGAUGACCAGGCUAAGAACAGUGACUACAGAAACAACAUACAGAUGACCCGGGGCCACUUAUUUCCGAGCGGACACGCUGUUGACCUAGAUACAGCCAAGUCUACAUUCACCCUGACCAAUGCCGUGCCACAGGAGAAGACAUUUAAUGAAGUCACAUGGAAUCAAAAGAAAAACAAUUUCAAAACCCACAUGGAUAACAACUGUAUUAACGUCAAUAACAAAGUUGAGGCCUACGUGGUGACCGGAGUGAUACCUGGCGACAAAAAGCUGAACGACAAAGUGAACAUUCCCUCUCACAUGUGGAUGGCGUAUUGCUGCUAUAACAAAAAUACCGGACUAUGGGACACCAAGGCAUACUGUGGCACAAAUGAAGAAAAGAGCACAGCUGCGUUUAAUGGCGAAAGCCUGGCUGCAUUACAGAAUUUUCUGAAGGAAAAAUUAAAGAAAAAUAACGUACAGCUAUUUCAGAACAAAUGUAAAUAAGAAAGUUUCAGAAUCUUUUGUUUUAAUUUUGCAAUUGUCGUUCAAUUUGGGGCUGGCUGCAUAAACGACUAACACCAUGUCCUAACAACAUGCGACACAUGAUAUAAUGUAUCUUUUCAUACAUUAAAAGGAGGUUUUGUCCUAACCAUUAACAAUGGCAAUUUGCAACAUUUCUAUUUUAGAAACCGUUUCUAUUUGCGCAACGUUGCAGCAAAGCAACACCAUAAACUACAAUGAUAACGAUCCCUCAGGUACUGAUUAUGUGCAAACUACAGUGACUUAGCCUAUGUAGGCUACUUUUAAUAAUGUUAAAUAUGUAUUAAUUAGAUUAUGGGAGUGCAGUGGCUGGUAUCUAAAUUAAUAGCUAUAGUAUCUAAAUGUUUCUUUCGUGUCAUGUUGCUUUUGGUGCAGACAGCAAAAUAGCUUGUCACUGGAAUCUUGUUGCAUCGCGUGUUGUUAGGACACGGUGUAAGACUAGUUAUAAAACUUUAAUCUUAAUUUUUUUUUUUUAGAUCUAAGGCUGGCCAAAACAUUUUAAAGAGUUACAAGUAGGUUAAUCGAUCUGAUUUGAACUCCAACAGCAAAAAUCCACGUAUUGCUAUAAUAUUCCCGAUGGCAAUGUGUAAAAUUUCUAUUUUAGAAACCGUUUCUAUUUCCGCAAAGUUGCAGCAAAGCAACACCAUAAGCUAAUAUGAUAAUAUGUUCCCUCAGGUACUGAUUAUGUGCAAACAUCAGUCACUCAGCCUAUGUAGGCUAGUUUUAAUAAUGUUAAAUUAGUUAAAUAAGUAAUAAUAGAAUAUAACUUUGGGAAGUGCAGAGGAUGCUAUUUAAUGGAUAUAGUAUUUAAAUAUUUCGUAUCGUAUCAUGUUGUGUGGUGUUACUUUUGAUUUAGACAGCCAAAUUGCUUGUCACUGGAAUCUUGUUGCAACACGUGUUAAGACAUGAUGUAAGACUAGUCUUAAAAAGUUAGUCUUCAUUUUUUUUUAGAUCUUUUUAAAGAGUUACAAGUAGGUGGAUCUAUCUGAUUUGAACUCCAACAGCAAAAAUCCAUGUAUUCAUAUAACAUUGGCGAUAUAUGUUCAACAGUCAAAAAUAUUGAAAAUAUCCCAAUACUGGAGUAUGAUGAAUGGAGUAUUGAUAUUUCAUCCUAAGCCUCUUAAAUAAAAAUGUGAUUUUAAAAGGGCAGUGUAAUGAGGAGUCAUAUUUUUCCUAGCAGUUCAUCCAUUGAAUAUAAAAAGGAAACUUAGAAGGAAUGACUUUCAGCACAUCAUGAACAAUCCAAAAACUCCAAACAAGCCAUUUCUAAUGCAAAAUUAUGGAUUAUGGAUGUAUGUCUGUAAUAAUCUUGAGGACAAUAAACUGCAAACUUCAAAAGAGCUUUCACCAUAGAUAUGCUUGUCAUUUUAAUACCAUGUAAGAAUACAGACUUUAAAAUUAUCUUAACAAAUAAAAGCACAAUGUUAAACGGAUGUCUCACUUGUUAACCAUAAACUCACUGCUAAUUGGUCAAACUGGUUUAUGUUUAUGCAACUGGUCCCUGAUGUUUUUUUAGCUUGAAGAUGACUAGAAUCCAUAGCUUGCUCUGUAUUUUGCCUAGUAGCACCUGCAUGGGAAACUACAAAAACGUAGUGUCAGAUAUGAUGUUAAAUGUGCAUGUUGAGUGUAAUCUGCCUUCUCUCUAAAUAAAGCUUUGUGCAAAUCACAA